AUGUCAGGGGAAGACGAAGUCGAUUAUACCACGCUACCUCUGGAGGAUCGGUUGACGUACAAAUUAUGGAAGGCACGUUUGGAAGCUUAUAAAGAAUUGAAUCAGCUCUUCACAAACUCUUUUGAUGAAGGCAGGACGGACGAUAGCAUUCGUAUGUACUGGAGGGAUCCUACGUUAUUUGCGCAGUAUAUAACCGACUCUAAUGUGGUCGCUCAAGAACAGGCAAUUGUCUCCCUGGAUUCUUUGAUAGAUGCCUUUGCACCACUCUCUUUAAAAAACGCACAUAAUGCUAUUUUGAUAUCCACAUGGACGCCAUUGCUUGUAGAGAAAGGUUUGACAUCCUCGAGGGCCACGACGAAGACGAAAUCCAUGAAGUGUAUCCUCUCACUUUGUGGUCUUGAUACGUCUAUUACACAAUCUGUAGAUUUGGUGAUGCCCUUCUUCGAGAAAAAACUACCCAAAUUGAUUGCCGCCGCAGUUAACUGCAUUUAUGAACUGAUGGCUGCAUUUGGCUUUACCAAUGUGAACGUUCAAACGUUUUUGCCAGAGCUAUUAAAAUACAUACCUCAAUUAGCCAGUCAUGGUGAUAGGAAUGUUAGAUCACAAACGAUGAACUUGAUUGUAGAGAUCUAUAAAAGUACAGGCAAGAACAGAGAUCUAUUAGAUGAUAUGCUUCUUAAAAAACUCAAGCCGAUUCAAGUUAAAGACCUCGAUAAACUUUUCGCCAAAAUUGGGGACGAACCAUCUUCUUCAAAGAAAUUAUUUGAAUGGGAAAAAAGAGAUUUGGAGAAACAAAGGAUUCAAGAGGAAGAGGCCAGAAAGAGGAAGUCUACGACACCGAAUGAUAGUGGAGAGUAUCAAGUAGAUAACGAUGGCGACACUAUGAUGGGUAUAGAAGCUGACUCGUUACCUCCAAAACAGCAAGAUGUCGUUCAAAUAGAUACGUUUAGUAUGUUACCGGAAGAGACGAUUCUCGAUAAGUUGCCUAAAGAAUUUCAAGAGAGGAUAACGUCAGCCAAAUGGAAAGAUAGAGUUGAAGUGUUGGAAGAAUUCUGGGACAACGUUCUAUCACAGACUAGAAAGUUGAAAAGCUCUUCACAGAACUAUUCCAACCUAUUGGGAAUAUAUGGACACAUUAUCCAAAAAGAUGCCAACAUUCAAGCUGUUGCACUAGCAGCGCAAUCAGUUGAAUUGAUUUGUGACAAGUUGAAAACUCCCGGGUUUUCAAAGGAUUAUGUUUCAUUAGUCUUCACACCUUUGUUAGACAGGACGAAGGAGAAAAAACCUUCCGUAAUAGAGGCUAUACGGAAAACGUUGUUGACUAUCUGUAAGUACUAUGACCCAUUGGCCCCCAACGGACGCAACGAGGACAUGUUCAAAGAGAUUUUAGAGCAUAUGAAACACAAGACACCCCAAAUUAGAGUGGAGUGUACACAAUUGUUCAAUUUAAGCAUGAAGAGUGAAAGAGAUGGAUACUCAACUUUGCAAAGAUACUUAAAGGAUGAAGUGUUACCCAUCGUGGUUCACAUAGUCAAUGAUACACAACCAGCGAUAAGAACUGUUGGAUUUGAGUGUUUUGCCAUAAUAAUCAAAAUAUUUGGUACAAAUACGUUUAUGAAGACGUUAGAGAGCUUGGAUAACUUGAAGAGGAAAAAGAUCGAGGAUACCGUCAAGACUUUACCUAGUUUCAAUACUGGAAGUGGCGGUAGUAGCAACACUUCUGAAGCGAAGAAACAGGCAAGACCCGUGGAGAACAAAUUUUUAUUGAAAAAAAGUUCUGUUCUUCCUUCAAAGAGAGUGGCAUCCUCGCCGCUAAGAUAUGAUAACAAAGCUAAAUCAAACCCUACCGGAUCGAUAGCCUCGGUGACAAAACCAACGAUGGUAGCCGGCAGUAAUAAAUCAAGAGUACUAUUGACGUCUAAAUCUUUAACGACGCCCAAGAAUUUAGCGGCUAACAACGUUGAUAAAAGUGAAAAGUUGAUCGAAGAAUACAAAUACAGGUUGCAAAAAUUACAAAACGAUGAAAUGAUAUGGACCAAAGAAAGACAAAGCCUGUUAGAAAAGAUGAAUAACACGGAAAAUUAUAAGAUCGAAAUGAUCAAAGAGAAUGAAAUGUUAAGAGAACAACUGAAGGAAGCGCAAUCCAAACUGAACGAAAAGAACAUCCAAUUGAGAUCUAAGGAGAUUGAUGUCAAUAAACUAUCUGAUAGGGUAAUGUCGUUAGAAAAUGAACUCAAGAGAAUGGAGAUUGAACUGGAUAGAAAUAAAAAAAGAAACGAUACAAACUUGCACUCGGCGGGUACAGUUUCAUCGUACUCCAUACCUUCUUCUACGGUAUCAAGCAACUACGGGGUAAAGUCAUUAUCUUCCUCAAUGCCGUUGAAAGAUGAGGAAGAUGUAAGAAAAGAAGACGUUAACAGCGAAAGACGAUCGAGCGAAUCCAUCGGGGAUUUACCACACCGUGUAAACUCUCUAAACAUACGGCCAUACAGAAACAACAGCUCUGGGAUAGGAGGCCUCUCCGAAGAUUUGGACAUUGACUUUAACGAUAGUUUUGCCUCUGAAGAAAGCUAUAAACGUGCUGCGGCAGUAACGUCUACACUAAAGGCCAGGAUUGAAAAAAUGAAGGCCAAAUCAAGAAGGGACGGCAUGACUAGGACAUAG